GGCUCGUCUUCUAACGGAGGAUGGUUUUCACUUCACGGAUAAUCUAAUGGGCUCGAACAUACAUGAUGAUAAGCGCACUUUGCGGAUUUUAAUACUUUUCCGGCCCAUUUGUCGACAGUUUUUCUAACGACUGUGAAGACCUGAGCUGUGACCGACUUUUUUUUGUUGGGGUUUUUUGCGCUGCAGUUCGCGGAUGAUCCAAAAUGACUUUUACUAAAUGGCCACUGGUCGGAGCUUAGUGCUGAGCCAUCGAAGAGAACUAUGAGUAGAUGACAACAAGCAGCUUUUAAUCCAGAAAGGAUUGCUCUUCUCUGUCUGUUAACCGUGUGUAAGGACCGCUGGGAGUACAAGAAUCGAGUCAAGGACACGUUCACUCCCCCUCAGCCUGCUGUACGAUGGGAGUGAGAAAAUAAAGCUCUGCAGUGUCAAGAGGAGGUUAAUGAAUUCCAAGGAAUCUUAAAACAAACUGCAUUUGUGUAUGUUUGCGUGAGAGGAUCAGGCAACCAUGUGGACAACAGCUGCAACUGCCCACUGUUUUCUGGCCACUGCACUGCUAUUGGCUAGCUGCCUCCAAUCACUGAUGGCCACCGAGGAUGAUGUCACACCACGCAUCAGUUUCUCUUACAAUGCAAAGGAGAGGUCGGCCAAGAGAUUCUCUAUGAACGGCGUCUUCAAUUACACCUCUUUGCUGCUCAGCCAGGAGGAUGACAUGCUGUACGUCGGAGCCAGGGAGGCACUGUUUGCUCUCAGCCUCUCGGACAUCAGCAAGACCAAGCUGCAGAAGAACCUGACGUGGGGCACUCCUGCUGGAAAAAGAGAGGAAUGCAGCUUCAAAGGGAAGAACCUGGAGACUGAUUGCUUCAAUUACAUCAAAAUUCUCCUGCGGCUGAACAGCACUCAUCUCUAUGUGUGUGGCACCUAUGCCUUCAGUCCUAUUUGCGCCUUCAUAAACACGUCAACAUUCACGCUGGAGAGAGACGAAGUGGGCGAGGUUGUGUUGGAAGAUGGGCGCAGCCGCUGCCCUUUUAAUCCAGAGUACAAAUCCACCGCCAUCAUAGUUGAUGGUGAAUUGUACACUGGCACUGUCAGCAACUUCCAAGGGAAUGAACCAGUCAUUUACAAGAGUUUGGGUCAGGGAACUGCUCUGAAGACAGAAAACUCUUUAAAAUGGCUGCAGGAUCCAGUCUUUGUCGGGUCGGCUUACAUCGAGGAGAGUCAGCCAAUUGGCAACCCCGUGGGAGACGAUGACAAGAUUUACUUCUUCUUUAGCGAGGCGGGAAAAGAAUUCGACUUCUUUGACAACACCAUUGUUUCAAGGAUCGCUCGCGUGUGUAAGGGGGAUAAAGGCGGGGAGCGGGUGCUGCAGAAAAAAUGGACCACCUUCCUGAAAGCCCAGCUGCUGUGUUCCCUCCCUGACGACGGCUUCCCCUUUAACAUCAUCCAGGACAUGUUUGUCCUAAAGCCCAUGGGAGACAGCUGGGAGAGCACCGUCUUCUAUGGUGUCUUCACCUCGCAAUGGUAUAAAGGAGCAUCGGGCAGCUCAGCGGUGUGCGCUUUCACCAUGGCGCAGGUGGAAAGAGCCUUCAGCGGACGCUAUCGAGAGGUCAACAGGGAGACGCAACAGUGGUACACCUACAAUCACCCAGUGCCAGAACCACGGCCCGGGGCGUGCGUGACCAACCACGCCAGGCAAAUGGGCAUCCAGUCAUCCUUGCAUAUGCCUGAUAAAGUGCUCAACUUCGUGAAGGACCAUUUCCUGAUGGACAGCGUGAUCCGCAGUGCUCCCCUGCUGCUGAAACGCAGUGUGCGCUACACGCAGAUCGCCGUGCACAAGAUCCAAGGCAUGGAGAGGGCCUAUGACGUGCUCUUUAUUGGAACAGAUGAUGGAAAGCUCCACAAGGCCAUCAAUGCCAACGAUAAGAUGCACAUCAUAGAGGAGAUGACUCUGUUUCCUGAGCCUCAGCCUGUACAACACAUCGAACUUGAUCCUCAGAGGGGUCUGUUGUUUGUGUCAUCCAACUCUGGGCUGGUGGAGGUUCCUGUGGCCAACUGCUCCAACUACCUGAGCUGUGGAGAGUGUGUGUUGUCCAGAGACCCCUACUGCGCCUGGACCGGGAGGCUGUGUCGGGACGUCAGGAUGGCUCCACCUGACAGUCACUGGCAGCAGGAUGUGGAGGAGGCUGAUACAUCAGCAAUUUGUAACAGGACGUUUCCCACCACCAGAUCAUCGAGACCAGCAGCUUCUCGUGGCACUCAUUGCCAAAUCAUUACAAUCCCUGUCAACACAUUCAGAGUGCUGCCCUGUAAACUACGGUCCAACCUGGCACAGAGGAGGUGGCGUUACAGUGACAGCGCCAGCCAGUUCCUCUACGCUACUCCAGAGGGAAACCUGGUAGUUGUGGCUCAGGCCGAUAGGAUUGAGACCUACGAGUGCUGGUCAGAGGAGGAGGGUUUCCGCCAGCUGUUGGCCAACUACUGUGUGAGGGCGGAGCCCCGCCAGGAAAGCACCACUCUGAUUGGCCACUCACGCACACCACACAUUGAGCGAGAGGAGACCAUCAUCCUGCCUGGCGAGUCUCGUUCUGAGCAGGUCCACACAAAGACGUACUGGAACGAACUGAUUGUGGUGUGCGCCCUGCUGGCGUUCUCCCUUGUGGUGUUCUCCCUGUUCGUCAUCUACAGGAACCGAGAUCAUAUGAAGUCCAUGCUGAAGCAAGGCGAGUGCCCUAACAUGCAGCAGAAGAAGCCGAGGAUAGUGGGAAAGCCUGCAGAGAGCUUACCCCUAAACGGUAACACCAUCCCUGUUUCCACUUCUGAUCACAAGGGCUACCAGACGUUAAAUGACAACUACAUCUGCAGCACGCCCACCCACGAGUCUUCGCCAGACAACAGCAAGAGCUUCUCCGAGUCCUCCGACAGGCGGCCACUUAACUUGAAGGAGAGCCACGUGGAAUAUUCCCCGACCUGCCCUCGGCCCAGAGUGAGGCUAGGCUCGGAGAUCAAAGACUCCAUCGUGUGAGAGCACAGUAUUCUCUAGAAGAUGCCACCCUGUAUCUCCAUGAAGGAUACAGGCCAAUGAGCAAAGGAGAGGAGACACUGACAUCCUUCUACAUCACAGCACCUCUUUUAUUUUAGUCAUCUUUGUUCUGUGAUCAGUGCGGAGGUCAUUUCGUUUAACCAUUUCCACUCCGAAGCUAGAGGAUGGUCUGGUUUGCUGCAUAGGGGCAAGAAGAGGAAUCUCAAGAACAGCGCAGCUGCUAAGAAAAGUUAUAAAAAAAAAAAAAUUUUUUAUGUGAGUCAUUCUCAUGGCUACUAAUGUGUGCAAGUGUAGAGCAGUAGAAAGAGCUGUAGAAUUGUCUUUUUUUAUCUCAUCACAUGAUAUACUAGAAACAGUAUAGUCACUUGGUGCCCAGCCCCAUAUGAGUAUGUGUAACCUUCUGCAUGCUCUGCAGAAGAUGGCUGCCACAGAAUCUACACUUCUGUAAUUAUGCACAUUAGAACCAAGCUACAUGGUGACCAAGAGUUCAGGUUUAGGAGAAUAUAAUACAUGUGUUGCCUAUUCAUUAUGAUCCACACAUUGUAGAAGCAAGUCAGAAGCACAUUUGUUCCCUUUUGCUGAAUAAAUGUCAUCACUGUGUUAGGAUAAAGGCAAUGAAAGAUGAGGCAGACCAGGAAAAUACACCACAACUUGGUUAAAUAGAGCCCUUGUAACGCUGUUGGAACAACAAUGUAAAGGACUGCAAGGAAGGUAAAUUUGAUCAUAAAUUAUUCUCCAGGGCCUAAAUUUACUUCAUGAAUGUAUGUUAUUGUUCAAAUAAGGUCUGUUUCCAUUCACACAUCACUGCACUAUGGGCAAUUUUGGGAAGCCAUUGCUCUACAUCUCUACUCAUUGGAGACAGCCCUGUCCUUAUUUUUUGAUCUGCAGGUACCGUGAUGGGCUCAUAAAUUGACACAGAGACCCUGUUUUUGAGACGAAUAUGGCGAAUAAAGAGACAUGCCAUUGUUAUGUCAGGCAAAGUGGACUUUACAAACAAAGAGAGCCAAGAAAAAAGGACCUCUAUCAUGUUCAGGGCAGCACCUAAAUCAUCAUGUGCACUGUGCCAAAAAACAAAAAAUAACUUGACUGUCUUCUUGAAAUGCAAUAGUGCCAUUUGUUUAUGACCACUCCCAUGUUUUGUGUUGGCAUUGAUCACUGUCGAAGAGCACAUGGCGAUGGAACCAGAGUUGGGUUUCACAAAAGUAAAGUGGCACUAAUAAUAAAAAAAUGUGAAGGGCAAGGUUGAAAUUUCUCUUUAAGACUGUUAGCUCAUAGCAAACUUUUUGGGCAAGAUAAUUGACUUUCUUGUAAAAUCUGAACUGUGGCCAAAUGUCUCCAUGUGGCAUGGAGAGGACUUCAUGUGAAAACUUAUGGUGAGAAAAUAUUCCAGUUUUCCUUCAGUUACCCAUAAAAGAGUUAUCUGCCUUCCUAGUAUACACUGAAACAUACAGGUACAACUAGUUUGAGACUAUUGACCUUGACGAGCGCUAACAAUACAAACCUUUUGGUUAAUUUAAGUGCUAAUAAAAAGUCACAGAACAACUUAGAACAACGGUCUCUGUAGUGGAGAGACAAUAUUUAGUGGUCUUGUUCAGACUGCGGCUGCACUAUGUAGUAAUGUAGUGGCACAGAGCGCUGUAUUAGCUCAAUAUAACCUCCUCCUGCCCCACCAGGUUACAUUUCUUACAUACAUGCCAUUCACCCCACUCAGUCUGAUGUCAAGGUGACAUUAACGUGAAAGCACAAGUAAUCACAGUUUUGAAAACUAACAGGUUUGCACAUGUCAGUAAAAUUGGAACGAAUUCUAAGAAAUGCAACUACUGAGAGGCAGAAGGUGGUGUGGCUGCUAAGGAAAAUGAUUUUUAGAAAUCACUUAUUACAGGGACCAGUGCAGCCAUUACGAACACACUUGCACCCACAUUGCUCAGACUUUUGAGACUUAACAAGCAGAAUUUUCCAAAGAUGUAGGACGCUGAUAGUGUUGUUUAAAUCUGAAUGAGAACAUUUACACAACCAUAGUGACACCAUGGCACCACAUGUCUUAGAAUACAACACCAAUUCACUGUAUUGAUCAAAUAAGCCUACAGUAUAUUCCAGAAUCAUACAGAAUAAACAUUUUGCUAUUUUGAACACUGAGCAGACGAAAAGUUAUGUUACAGCUACAGGUUGACAAACUAAUUGCACAGAAUACUGUGCAACAGUGGUCAGUGUUUCCUUUUGUUUUACUUUUUGCUGUGUAUAUACAGUAUCUGUGCUUAAUAUUGUGUGUUUUUAAGGGACCUUGUGCAAGAUGUGUUGUAGAGAUAGUCUUGAAACUAGAGAGUGAACACUGCUGAUAUUUUGUUUUCAUAGUGCUUUACUGCCUACUUCAGCAUACAUUUAAACUCUUGCACAGAACACUGCACAUUUCUCACCAUGCUGUUAGUUCAGCACCUGGGCUGUUUUUUAUCAAGCACGUCAAAGCAGGAGAGGUAUCUGUUUUUUUUCAUGCUAUACUGAAUUAAAGGGGUACUUUGAUAUUGUAGGAUAAAGGCUUAUUCACUUGCUUAAGAGUUAAAAGAGAAGAUUGAUACCACUCUCAUUGUCUGCAUGCUAAAUAUGCAGGUACCACCUGCAGCCAGUUAGCUUAGCUUAACGUAAAAACUGAAAACGGGGACAAAAAACUGUAUAAUAACACCCUGUAGUCUUGUUGCCUUGAGUAUGCCAGGAAACCAACAGAAAAUGCAGGAAGUCCCUGCUCCUGACAAAGAAAUAGUUUGGCACAUAAAACCUCAUAAAAUGUAAUUUUUUACUCUUUGGAUUUUGUAAAUAGUAAAAAAAAAAAAAAAAGAUUGUUUGGCCUUUGGACAGAACUAGGCUAGCUGUUAGUUCCUGUUUCAAGUAUUUAUGCUAAGCUAACCAGCUGUUGGCUGUAGCUUCAUAUUUACAGAACAGAUAUGAGAGUGGUAUCAAUCUUCUCAUCUAACUCUUGGAUGAUGAAAGAUGUGUAUUUCCCAAAAGUUCUACCCGUACCUUUUUAAUUUUGUUUGCUCACAUGCCAGCUGAGACUGAUCAAAUAAACCAGAGUAAAACUUUUGCCAACAGAUAAUAUAACAAGAACAAAUCAGAUUCUAAAAGCCUUGGUGCAAAGCAUUGUUUGUCACCACAGCUAAGACAGAUUUUCUAAACUAUAAAAUGUCUCUUGCUGAAUACCCUGCUUUGAGAUGCUUUGUAGAUAACCUCAACAUAUUUUCCAAAUGCCUUUUAGAUGUCAGGUUGUUCUGCCUUUAGCCAUGUGCCACAUUGUACACCGCCCAGCAGUGACCUCACCAACAGAAAUGUGGUGAAUGGCGUGAUUGUAGCCCUCCAUGGGCACACUUAACUCCAACACUCAACACGGGUCAACAGUAGAUUUACAGAUUCACCCAAGCCACCAUUAACUUAACCUGCAAACAAUAAGACUGGGAGCUGCUCAAAAUCUUGUACAAUUCUGCUGCUUUUGCUUGUGUCAAAGGUGAUACUGUGCACAUAGGAAACAUCUUUCUGAGGAGGUCAAUAUUUAAUAAUAAUACUUAAUCUCAUAUAGAAAAACUGAAUUUACAAUACCAUUUGACCUUAAUAGUUAAUAAUGCCCAAAAGGUAAAUAGUGUCAUAAAAGCAUAUUUAUUAAUGACGUGCUUUUCAUUAAAAAAGCCAAUAAUCCCGUGGUGAUUGAUGCUUCAUUUUGAGUGGCUCCUCAGUAAUGCAACAUACUGUACUGGACAUGAAUGUAGCCAACUAUAUCACAUUUUGUAGAACAUCUACAGCAGUCUAUUUUCCUAAAAAAAAAAAAAAAAAACGGCUUAAGUAGGCAAUCCAUUGCAACAUCUUUACAGGAUUUUGUUUAAACGGUCAUACUACAAAGAAACUGUACAAUAGAAGUAAUUAAUCAGUUGUGCUGCACGAUGUAGUACUGCAGUAAGAUGCAAGCGCAACUCCAAAUCCUCCAUAUCGGCUCAGCCAUGAGACACAGCAACAGCUUUGCCUCAGCAUACUGAACACCAUAAGCUUAGUUGACUGAAUAACUAUUAGACAAAUGUGGUCUUGCCUGCAUGAUUUCUUUUAUUUGUUGUGUACAAAUAACAUUGUGAACUGUAUUUUUUGUAUCAUUGAGAUUGUGACUGUUGUUUUUAUUAUGAUGUACA